CUCUUCUUCCAGUGGAGGUGGCAGUCAGUGAUCUGAUUGGUCAUUUGGAAGGUGAAAAUUGACCCGCCCUUUUUCCUCCGCCCACGGGAAGUGCCCGCUGUAUGCCAGUCUUCCGGUCUGUAAAACUGACACAUACCAACUUUUCCCCGGCGCCAUUUUCUUUCCGCUGCUGCUUGUGACGACGUUGGCAAGUCUGUUGGAGGGCUUCAGUUUCUGGAACUGAAUCUUGAUCUUUCUGAGAAGAGCACCUGGGCUUCAUUGGCUCCACCAGAUGUGAGUCCUCUGUGGAAUUUCUGUCAAAAAAUGUUCCCCUUCUGCCUGAGAGCAACGAAAUAGACCAGUAGCUGCAAUCAACUGUAGUCCUGUCACACCUUCAUGAUGUUUCCCUUGGCCAAAUAUGCACUACUCAAUAUUCGCAGGAGUGGAACCAUUCAGCGAAUUGCAUCAGGACAGACCCAUAUGAAGCACUCACCAAAUUUUCAUGACAAAUAUGGCAACACUGUGCUAGCUAGUGGCACCAUUUUCUGUGUUGUUACCUGGGUAGUUUUUACUACGCAGAUGGGAAUAAAGUGGAACCCAUCUCCUGUUGGCCGAGUUAUCCCAAAAGAGUGGAAAGAAAAGUAAUUACCACUGUUACUAUAAUACAGAAUUGUUUCAAACCUAGCUUGCUAUGUACACAUUCUACUGUUCAUUUAAAAGUAGCACAACCGAAGAAAUAAAAUAUGUUUGUAACCAUAAAA